AUGACGUACAUCCGCUCGGUUGCUCUACUCACUGGACUGGCUCUAUCUUCCUCGAUUGCUGCAUUUGACGAUCUUGAGGAUUCCAUGGGGCAGCCUCAGGUUACUGGAACGAUCGACCCUGCCUACUACAAUCCGCGACCAAUGACCAUAGACGAAGUCGCGUUCCUGACAACGACUGCAUGCCACCCGAGCUCGUACAAUGCGGACGUGACCACACGGAUCUGCUUUAGUGAAUAUCUGACGAUAUCGUUGGAGUUUCUGGCUGGAAGGAACCGCACGUACCAAGUGGAGGGCUGCCCCGUGGACCAGGACAUUGAUUUGGGCUACUGUCGUGAGGGGAAAUGCACGUCGCCCUCGGUCUACGACGUACGCAUCUUGGUGCUGCCGAGGGAGAACUGGCUGAACGUGACGUCGAUCAUAAAGGUAGGGGCGUAA